UAUUGAUUACUGCAUCUUUUCAGUUGCCAAGGUGAUAGUCCGCUGGCUGAAAACUUGAAAACUUUCCCAGCUCUAAGAUCGCGGGCGCAUUAGUCAAAAACAUUUCAGACUGAACUUUCGACUUUUUUAACAUUCUUUCGCGAAUAUGGUGGUUUUAAGGGCAAAGCUUAUUGUUGCGGGGGAUUCUUGUACAGGAAAAACCGCACUAACUCAGGUUUUCCAUAGUGAUGGCACUCACUAUCCGAAAAAUUAUACUAUGACAAUUGGUGCAGAGGUUUUGGUGAAAGUGAUUCACAUUCCAGAGACCCAGGACAGUGUAGAGUUAUACAUGAUUGACUCUGCUGGAAAGGAAAUGUUUGCAGACACAGUUCAACAAUAUUGGGAAAAUCCAGAUCUUCUUCUUGUUGUCUACGAUGUUUCCAAUGAACACUCAUUCAAUGCAUGCAAUAAAUGGCUGGAAAGAUGCCGUGCAAUGUCAUCCUAUCCCAAUACUCCUGGUGCUCUGAUUGGAACAAAAACAGAUUUGAAGCAGAGACGAUCUGUUUCUGGUAAAGAAGGCAAAGAAUUUGCCAGCUCAAAGAAUCUGGAAUACUUUGAAUGCUCCGCUAAAGAGCACCAGAAUGUUGAAGCUCCAUUUUACUAUCUUGCACAAGAAUUUCACAAGCUAUAUCAGGAGAAAUUAGACUCAAUGAAGGCAUUGUCAUAGAGCAACAUACUAAAAAAAAGUUUGCCAAUUUGUAAUCAUGUAUAUAUAUUUAUUUCAUGGAUGUCUUUAUAUAAAUUUAUUAAUUAUCCUUAAUUGUUAUUAACCACUUAGUAACUGCAGAAUAUAACACAUCUGAUCUUUUAGAUAUAACAUAUUGACUGAACACAUAGACCUUGAAGCAAAAAUGUACAUAUUCGACGCAUUUUGGGUAACAAAUUGAUAAAAAGAAACUUAAGUAUUUAAAGAAAUAUUUGCCCAACAUUGCCGAGACAACUGAUCUAAUUAGGAAAGAAAUUGCAUCCCUGAUGUAAAUGUUAAAAAAGGCGCUGUAGUUCAAUAAGAAAAACUUUUCAGUAUAUAUGCUAAUGUUUAUGCCAAUAAAACAAAAGUAACAGUGA